AUGGAUGAAGAACCACAAAAUAUAAUUAUAGAUAUUUUUCCUAGAGAAGCAAGAUUUUAUGAUGUUUCUACAGUUGGUAGAGUCUUUGUCUUUGUAAUCCUUUUUGAAUUACUAGAAGUAUUGACUAUGUUAUUUAUGACAAUUACAAGUUGGUCAAAUUAUAUUCUUCUUUACUUAUAUGUCUCGGCUUUCUUAUUAUAUUUUGCAAUUAAUUCUGUUUUAAAUGAAAACAAAUAUCAAUUAUUUAGUUUUAUUCUAGUCAAUACUGUAGUUUCUUUUAUUGAAAUUUAUCAGUAUUUCAUUUCCGAAAAUCUACUAGAGAUUUAUCCACUUAUUAGAAUUAUUUCUAAUUUCAUAUUUAUUCCCCUUAAUAUUACUCUUGGUUAUUUCACUUUUAAACAAUUUGGUUGGAGAUUAUAUAGAAAGAUUGGAACCAAUAUAGAGUUACGAAGAUAUUAUAAAUUAUAUCAAAUAUUUUUAUCUUUCUUAAAGUUAGAUAUAUUUUUUUCAGGAUUAACAUUCGGUUGUUACUCAUUAUUUUUUGUUGAACACAAUUACGAACAUUACAUAGAAGAAAAUAAAGCUUUGAUGUUUAUUUUCAUUGGAAUGUCUUGGUUAACUUCAACCUAUACUGGUUACAAAAUCUAUUCUAUCAUUGGCGAAAUGAUAGUAAAAAUAGAACCAUAUAAUUUAGGUAUUCCAAUUACAAUUUUUAGCAUUGUAUCCGUCAUAAUAAGAAUAUUAGUAGAUUAUUAUUCUAUUAGAGUAUAUCGUAAUUUCGAUAGAGGUUUAAAAGUUGGUGCUUUUUGA